AUGGGAGACGUCGCCAUCAAUGCUCCCACAGUCCAAGAAGAAGAGGCAGCCUGGACAAAAAUGUUGGAACGAUUCGCAGGCCUUCCUGACAUAGAGGUUCGGGUACGCAGCAAUCGCGGCAAUUCCUUUGCACGUCAGGGAAAGCUGAAGGAAGCCCUCGAGGAUUACAACCGUGCGAUCGAGUUGGUUCCAGACGCAGUCGACCCUCACUUGAAUCGCGGCGCUGUCUAUGAGUCUAUGGGUCGGCUGGAAGAUGCUCUUCUGGACUACGAUGUAGUUCUGCAGCAAGACCCUGGCGACCCUGCAGCCUGGAACAAUCGUGGCAAUGCGCUGCUGGGCCUCAAGCGCUUUGAAGAGGCCAAAGACUCCUUCCAGCAGGCGCUCGAUAUAUCAGGUUCGCAGCGCUUCGCCUUUGCCGGGGUGAACCUUGCUUUGGCACAGUAUGAACUUGGCGAAGACGACAAUUCGGUACAGACUCUGCGGAAGCUGUUGGCGCGCUUUGCAGAGGCCUUUCCAGACGCGCGGGCUGCCUAUGCUUUGAUCAUGUGGGACAAAGGGGACCGCAUCCUUGCGGAGUCCGAGUGGGACCGGGCCACGGCUGCAGACCCACGCUACCGCUCCGCCGAUUGGGUUAGAGGCUUCCGCCGCUGGCCGCCACGGCUGCUGGGCAUUUUCGAUCGCUUUGCUGCAACCACCUCUGUGAAGGUGAAGUGA